UGAAUAUUUGUGUACGCUACGUCGAAUUUUAGGUAACGUUGUGAGAUCGAAAAUUAGUUGAAAUGUCCAUGAGAACAUGGUAUUAUUGCACAUUUCCGAUUACUACGAUUUAUUAUUAUCGAUGUUCAAAGCAGCCAAUACAAGCAGUGUCGUGAAAUUUUAAACAUUUGAACGCGGCAGCAUCUCUAUUUGGAAUUUUUUGUAUAAAUUAAACAAAUAACAAUGGAUUUAAAAAAACGAAGAAGUUCUCUACGAAAAUACAUUCCGAAAGAUGAUGAAAACGGAGCCUCAGCUGUGACACCACGCCUGAAGAGAAGAAUCAGUUUCAGUGGAAAACGUUUAGUCAGGGAGUUUCAUGUGGAAAAGGAACCUAAAACUUGGGACAAUUCGUACGAAGUAUCGGACCAUAUAAAUGUAGAGGAAAUGGAUGGAAAAGUACCAGAAUUUGAAAAUGCCGCCAACCCAAAUAUACAAAACCCACAAAAAUCGACAUUUUCAAGGCCAGAAGAAUUGUUUGGCGAAAAUUGCGACGAAUCAACGCAAAAUGUAAACGACAAUACACUAAAGUAUUUAAUCAAUAAGCCCUUGUCGAACAAUACUUUGUGCAUUGAAAACAGCGUUGAUAUUACUCUAUUUGAGAACGAAAGACAAUAUUUUACAAAACCGAAAAAGAAUGUGUCACAUUGCAAUUUAUCAAACUCAAAUCAAAGUAAUAUUAACAGCUUUUCUCUAUAUGAGAAUGAGUUUUUUGAAUUGCCAAAUUUGCGAUGCAAAGUGUAUGGUGAGCGUACAAUCGACUUCAUGGACGAUCUUAAAGAUUUACGUGUUGGAAAAGAAGCGAAUUCAACCGAAAAAAAAAAUUGA